UUCUGAUUGGCCGGCGUCUCAGUAAGCCUCCUGAGGCGCCGGGAGCCGGACUUCAGCGCACUUGCCUCGGAGCGUUCAGCCCACCGUGUUUCUUCCUCCUCGGCUCUGCUCCGUCUGCCUCCGCCAUGGCCCAAGCUGACAUUGCACUGAUUGGAUUGGCUGUCAUGGGCCAGAACUUAAUUUUGAACAUGAAUGAUCAUGGAUUUGUGGUCUGCGCUUUCAAUAGGACCGUCUCCAAAGUCGAUGACUUCUUGGCCAAUGAGGCGAAGGGAACCAAGGUGGUUGGUGCACAGUCCUUAAAGGACAUGGUCUCCAAGCUGAAGAAGCCCCGCCGCAUCAUACUGCUUGUGAAGGCUGGGCAAGCUGUGGAUGAUUUCAUCGAGAAACUAGUUCCCUUGCUGGACGCUGGUGACAUCAUCAUCGAUGGAGGAAAUUCUGAAUACCGGGAUACGACAAGAAGAUGCCGGGACCUCAAGGCCAAGGGCAUCUUGUUUGUGGGGAGCGGAGUCAGUGGUGGUGAGGAAGGGGCUCGGUAUGGGCCAUCACUCAUGCCAGGAGGGAACAAAGAGGCUUGGCCUCACAUCAAGACGAUCUUCCAAGCCAUCGCUGCAAAAGUGGGAACCGGAGAACCCUGCUGUGACUGGGUGGGAGACGAGGGGGCGGGGCACUUCGUGAAGAUGGUGCACAAUGGGAUAGAGUAUGGUGACAUGCAGCUGAUCUGCGAGGCUUACCAUCUGAUGAAGGAUGUUUUGGGCAUGCGGCAUGAGGAGAUGGCUCAGGCAUUUGAAGAAUGGAACAAGACAGAGCUGGACUCAUUCCUGAUUGAAAUCACUGCUAAUAUCCUCAAGUUCCGGGACACUGAUGGCAAAGAGCUGUUACCAAAGAUCCGGGACAGUGCUGGGCAGAAGGGCACUGGGAAGUGGACCGCCAUCUCGGCGCUGGAGUAUGGCAUGCCCGUCACCCUCAUUGGAGAAGCUGUCUUUGCUCGGUGCUUGUCCUCUCUGAAGGAGGAGCGGGUUCAGGCCAGCCGAAAGCUGAAAGGUCCCAAGAUGGUCCAGCUGGAAGACGAUAAGAAGUCAUUCCUGGAGGAUAUCCGUAAGGCCCUCUAUGCUUCCAAGAUCAUCUCCUACGCUCAAGGCUUUAUGCUGCUCAGACAGGCAGCCACUGAGUUUGGCUGGACCCUCAAUUAUGGCGGCAUUGCCCUGAUGUGGAGAGGGGGCUGCAUCAUCCGGAGUGUAUUCCUGGGAAAAAUUAAAGAUGCGUUUGAACGAAACCCAGAACUUCAGAACCUACUGCUAGAUGACUUCUUUAAGUCAGCAGUUGACAACUGCCAGGACUCCUGGCGGCGGGUGAUCAGCACUGGGGUGCAAGCAGGCAUUCCCAUGCCCUGCUUCACUACUGCCCUCUCCUUCUAUGAUGGGUACAGACAUGAGAUGCUACCAGCGAACCUCAUCCAGGCUCAACGGGAUUACUUUGGGGCUCACACCUAUGAACUCUUAGCCAAACCAGGAGAAUUUAUCCACACCAACUGGACAGGCCACGGGGGCAAUGUGUCAUCCUCUUCAUACAAUGCCUAGUGGGCCUGUGGCUUUCCCUCCCUCCCAGUAGCAGGACAGCCCCUGUGGCACUCAGCACCCCUCUUUGCCCUAGUUCCUGCUCAGAUCUCUUAGCCAAGUGUUGGCUGUGAUUGCUGAAGAAGUCACCAAGGCCUGUAGAUUCCAAACCACCAUGUGCUCCACCCCCAUCGUUUGUGCUGCCCAGGAACUGAGCUGUGCGCCACUGCGUGACCGCUCCCUGACUGAGCUGUGCCAUGUGGGUCAGCCAGGCUGCAGCUCUUAGCACACAGAGGGUGGGUGUGUGGGAUUGUACAACCUGGACCGUGGUUCAUGCGUGUGGGUUCUCUGUCCUCCGCUCGGCGAAAGAGGAUAUGAUUACACUCUACUGGGUGCGCCUGACAGAACGACCUGCAAUGAGUUCACUACUGCAAAUUGGUUUGUUUUCCAUUAGCCUUGUUCAUUUUAACUCUGGCUUUCUUUUUUUUAAGACUCCAAAUAAAACAGGACAGGUUAAUUUGAGGAUCACGUGUGAGUGUGGAGGGAGGUGGAGAGCCAGGGCUCUUCUGUUGGGUCUUUUCUUAUUUAGCACAGAACAUCCAUCGCAUCCCACUCGUAAUAAACUUUUAGACUGGC